AAGGCCUAAACCUUGUACGUGUAGUUUGUCAUAUACGAAACUAAGCAUUAUAUAAGGGGAAAAAAAAAAACAUUUCCGCUGUCGUUUAAAAGAGUGCGCGAUACAUUAAUCACGUGAUUGUAACUGGCCGUGAACCUGCUUCCAAGUUUCCGCAAUCAUGGAGGCUAUAUUAAAUGAAGUCGUUUGUCCAGAUGAUUUAAUGAAAUUUGAGAAAAAAUUUAAUGUGGAGCAGACUCGAGGCUCUGUAUCAAAGAAUACCCAGUUUGAGUAUGCUUGGUGUCUGAUCCGCAGCAAAUACCAGAAUGAUAUUAAAAAAGGAAUGCUGCUGUUGGAAGGAGUACGAAAGAGCUCUCAAAUAUAUUCGUUCACUUUUAAAGAAUGAGCCAGACAACAAGCAAGCCCUAGAGAUGGAAACCUUGAUAAAGAAAGCAAUGCAGAAAGAUGGUCUAGUCGGUAUGGCAAUCGUGGGAGGAGUGGCCCUGGGAGUGGCUGGGUUAGCAGGCUUAAUCGGAUUGGCUGUUUCCAAAGCUAAAUAAUCAGUUUUAUUUUAGUAUGGCACACAACUGCACCAGAUUGGAAUGUCAAGAUAUUCCAAAAGAUUAAGCUACAAGAACGAACGUUUAGUUCUGGAUCACUGGGUGCCUUCAUAAUUUCAGCUGAAAACCAAUUUGAUGUCAUUUGUUCUGUUUACCUUCCUUACGCACUAAGGUCUGAUUUAACACAAUGUCCUAGAACUAAACUAGUGCCACUGAAAGAAGUGUAAAAUUUGUGAAUAUGAUUACCUAUUAAUGAAAUGCAUUUGGUUUAUUUUAACUACUGUUUCUACAGAACAUGUUCCACAAAGUAUUUUUUGUUGAUUACUUUGCAGUGUAUGAAUCCCUAGUGCCAUAUUUCUUACGUUCACACUUGGUAUGUUCUGUCAGCUUAAAAUCAAAGCAUUGGCAUACCAAGAGCAUGCCUAUUGAAAGAACACUAUUUCAUUUUUUGACAGCUAACAGGAGGGCAUACUUUUGACAUAGCUGUUGAUGCAGCUGUUUACAGUGAGCCACUUAGCUGUAUGUGUAGGAAAACAGCUAACAUAUUUUCUGUUCUGCAGAACAAGAUGGCAGAGCUUUAACUGCCCUGGUUUUCUGUUGCAUACCUAACUGGUAAUUUUGAGGACUUUGCAACCAGACCAAAAAGAUACAGUCUGAAAUAUUUGAAGAUAGACAAAUUUGAGAGUUUCUUCACAGAAGUCCUGCAAGUGAAUACAUAAAAAGGGGGAAAUUAAUUUAAAAAAUUGCUGCCUUUUCUCUCUUCCUACUUACCCAACAUACUGUGGUUAUGGUACUCAACUAAGUACAGAACAUUGAAGUAACAAGUGAAGAGAGUGCAACUAGAUUUUACUAACCUUUGACCAAACUGCAUGAGUCAUGCUGUUUCUUGUCUGUAUUCAGUUUUGAUUUAAGUUAAACAGCUUUUAAGUGUUUACUGUAGGAGAAAUGUAUUGAAACCUUUGCUAGCAAAGUGCAUGAAGCAAGUUUUAGAAAUGGCCAGAAAUUGUGUGUGAUGUAUUUAUUGCACAGUUCCUGUUAUACAUGUAGUUCAUCACACUUCUAUGGACAUUUCAGUACUGCUAGCAGAUAAUUUUCUGUACCAAGGGCCAUUUUGAGAUGAGGAUAAGGUCUGACAGAACUGGUAAACUGCAGCAGUUGCAUGCUGGAUGUUGGGGGAAGAUGUCUUUGGUACAGUGGCUUUGUUGAUAGUUGUGUGCUUGUGUAACACAAUUAACAGAUGCAAUGGUUUAAGAUCUUCAGUCAUAUACUGUUUAAAUAUUGUCAUCAUAGUUUAUUUUCUUGAUGUCCAUAAACAAAAGAGUUGGGAGGUGGUAUUGUAGGAAUGGAUAUGAUUACAUUUAAAAAAUGUUUAUACCUAAUGGAAUUAAUGGCAUUUAGAAGCCCUGUAUUACCAUACCCUUUUAUGAUAUAUAUUAAAAAAUGUACAUUAAGAAGGAAGAAUGUAGCACA